UUUUAGUCACAAGUCGCCUAGCCGGCAGUUGUCACAAUAUUUUGAUUUUUCAAAUUGUUCAAAAUCCAAUCUAAAAACGAAAAACUCGGAGAAGUAAAAAUCAAAAAUUUUAUAAGGCGGUGCUUGGCUUUAAAAUGCUGCGCCAACUAAGGAUGACAAUGGAUAUUUCAGGAUGGAUAUUCCUUCCGUGGCGCCGGUCAGCUUCGAAUAUGAAAGAUCCUCCGCCGCCGCCGCUGUCCAGCACUUUUGGGGAUGUGAUUGUGGACUACGAAGAUCCGGAUUAUCUUCCGUUGCCGGAGUAUCCUAUGCGUCCCAAUGAGCCGUUGGACAUUCGAAAGCAGCGACUUUUGUAUCAAUCUCGCAAGCGCGGAAUGCUGGAGAACGAUCUGCUACUCAGCACCUUUGCGGCCAAGCACCUCCAAAACUUUAGCGCUGAGCAGACGGCUCAGUAUGAUCAAUUAAUUAACGGUGUGAGUAAUGAUUGGGACAUCUACUACUGGGCCACCGAUGUGAAGCCCACGCCCAAGGAGUACGACACGGAGAUCAUGGAGCUUUUGAAGGAGCAUGUAAAGAAUGCCGAGAGAGUAACACGCCUCCGUCAACCGGAUCUAAAUACUUAGUCCUAGACUCCCUGAGUAGGUCAUUAUUUGUAUUAUUAUUAUUAUUUUAAUAUUUCAUUAUUUACCUUGCUAGUUUUAUGAUCCAGGAGAUCAUAUGCAUAUACUAUUUUAUUACAUAAUGAAAAUAUUCACUGACAGCUAGAUAGUAAUACAAAAUUGGGAUUGCUUGAACUAUAGUUAUUCCUAAACCAAAAAUAAACCAAAAUCAGAAACGGAGUUGAUUCUGUUGUGAUCCUAAUUUCUAAAGCAUACGUUACAUUUAUUCUUAAAAAAUCGAUUAAAGCAUUGUUUAAAAAA